AUGACAAUGUUGUCCAAAAAGACAAACGAACUUCAACAGUUUGUUCUUGAAAAUGGGCUUGAUAAAAGAUCCAUGAAAUGGACUUCCAUCGACGCUGACAGCAACACCAUCACCGAUUUUUCCAGGCUUACUGAGGAAGAGAUCAGAAACCUUACAAUUGGUGUCUAUCAGCUAAAGACGGCAAAAUCAUAUGCGACAGAACAUCUCACAGAUGAUGGAUUAUUUGAAAUUCUUGUGAGCGAUAAUGUACCCAAUAUUGUCAGUACCAAAAUUCAAAGCCGCCACACUUCAUCUAAAAAGUAUUCCUUAUGGAUAAAAUACGAUAUCACCAUCUUGUCCUGGUAUUGUACCUGUAAAAAUGGAGCCCGGGUUGUUGGAAUUUGCGGUCACAUAUCCUGUAUUAUCUGGCAUUUAGCCUUUGCUAGAUAUCAGAGCGAGUCUUGUGGUAUUCGUGACUGGACAGAGGAAGUGAAUGAUGCGGCGAGAUCCAUCGACAGCUCCGAGGAUGAGGAAACUGUCGAUUAUGAUGGACAAGAAGAGUAGU